UAAAAACUAACAACUAAUUUAAAUGUAAAAAUAUUUGUAAUCUUGUGAACUAUCCUAACCUAACCAUCAUUGAAAUAGUCAUCGCGAGCAAUAGUACUAAUUUCUCUCGCGAUUCCACAACGGUCACUGCAGUAGAAUCGUGUAGAUGACGAAAAACGAAAACUGCUGAGCCUGUAGUGGUCAGCAGCAGAUAGGUUCAGAUCAAAGCAGCAAAACCCCUCAGAAUCAGAUCCCAAUAAACCACAGUCAGAGUAGUAUCUCGGUCGCGUCUUUUAUCCCCGACGAAUAAAGUUCUUUUUCUUGAUUGUGCACCCGAUUGACGAUUCUUGGCUAAUAUCCAUCCGAAAGUGCGCGAGUGAUCUGUCCUGUACGGUACAGGUGUUCUGGGCUGUGAAUCUGCUGUGUUGCUGGCAUUGGCUCACUUGAUUCCGCAAGUGGCCAAGCCGUGAAGAAUUGUGCUGGCCUGCUAAGAGCAGAAGUAGCUGGGAAAGGUGUUCUGGCGAGUGUUGAAAGUGUUGGCGAGUGUUGGGAGUUUUGGCGAGUGUUUUGGGUUUGUGCGUUCAGUUGGGCUUGAUUGCGCAAGCACCUGAAGCUGAUCGGAGUUCGGCAAAGUUUCUGCUGCCGUCUGUGCGUGUGUGCUCGGGGAACCUACCUCGACGUGCGUGGCUACCUGUGGAGCGUCUGAACCGGUCACGUAAGUGCGUGCGAGCUGCGUUUUUUGGGCCACUCUACGAGUGGGUGUUAAUUCCUCCCAUCGAACCAUCCGGGACCGAGCCCGGCCCCAUCAUCUGGUCCUUCGAACCGGAUGGGAGGUCGCCCCGACCAGGAGGUGCGGUGAGUACGCCAUUUUUUGAGGAUUGCUGCACAAAGGUGCAUUGUUGGCUCCAACUAAGCCAUUUUGUUGGAGAGCGUUGUUCUUGCUAAGAACAAUUAAGCGCGCGCGAAAAUUGGCCUAAUUGUACUCGCGUUUGCGGUGUGCCCCAAGCGAGAUUUUUGGAAAUUUGGAAUUCCGGCAGAAAUUGGCCAACCUGGGAGCAAACUUUUGGAAGUUUUGCGUGCAUGCUAAAGUGGUUGUGGGUGGCAAGUCAAUCGCGUUAGGGUGGUACGAUCGCGUCGGUAGUACCUGCCCCGGUCGAACCUGCGUCGCGUAACUCAGUACGAGCGCGACGGGAAAAUCCGUAUCCGAUACUCCGUGCUGUUUCCGUUUUCCGCGUUUUGUCUUUGGUGGUAGCGAAGUCCAGUGGUGAGUGAGAGUGUGCAUUAUGGCUGCGGCGAAGCAACGGUUGUCCGAUUGCUUGGUCAGGCGGCAAGGUAUCGAGACCAUGCGCAACCAGGUGGAAAAGUUCAUCGCGAAGUUCAACGCUGAGACGGACACGUGCCAGAUUCCUGUCCGUUUGGAGAGUUUGGAUCGAGCGUACCGCGAGUUCCUCGAAGUCCAAGCCGAGCUCGAACGUACCGAUAAAUCCGAGUAUUUGGAAACUCAUUUGACGGAACGAGCUGACUUCGAGACGAGAUACUGUGAAGCCAAGGGAUUUUUGCUGUCGAAGCGGACCGAAGAGCAGAACCUGACCGCAAUGAACAGCACCAUGAACACCAGCCAGCCUACCCAUCCAGUAUCCUUCCACCUACGCCUACCCAAGAUCGACCUGCCGAAAUUUGAUGGAGAUUUCUCUCGUUGGUUAUCCUUCCGUGAUGCGUUCACGUCGAUGGUGCAUUCCAAUCCAGACAUCCCAACAGUGGCGAAGCUGCAGUACUUGUUGAACUCACUCGUGGAUAAGGCAGCACUGCAGUUCGAGAACGUGGAGAUUGAGGCAGACAAGUAUGCGCCAACGUGGGACGAACUGCUGAAGCGCUACGACAACAAGCGGUUCCUGAAGCGUAAACUGUUCCAUGCCCUGUACGAUCUGCCUUCGCUGAAGCGCGAAUCCGCUAGUGACCUGCGUACGCUCGUGGACGAUUUUCACCGGCAUGUGAAGGCGUUGGAAAAGCUGAAAGAGCCAGUCGCACACUGGGACACACCUCUUGUCAGCAUCCUGUGCUACAAGCUGGACUCCAGAUCGCUGCGUGCUUGGGAGGAGCACACUAGCAAAGACGAAGUUGUGACGUACGCAAUGCUGACCGACUUCCUGUACCAACGGUUGAGAAUGCUUGAGUCCGUCCGUGAGACCUCAGAGCAGCAGCAGCCGUCCAAGGUGGCCGGUACCAAUCCCCAUCCGUUCCAGAAGAAGCCGUUCAAGGUCGUAUCCAACGCUGUCGCAUCUAGGACGUACAGCAACAAUCCACAGUGUCUGGCCUGCUCGGAAUCCCAUCGUUUGUUUGAAUGCCCAGUGUUUGCCAGGAAGUCCAUCCAACAACGCCAAGAUUUGGUGUACCAGAAGCGUCUUUGCUGGAACUGCUUCCGAUCCGGACACCAAUCUCGGAAUUGCUUGUCGAGAUUUACGUGCCAGGUCUGCCACGAGAAGCACCACACCCUGUUGCACCGAGAUGCACCCCCGAAGAUGUCGUCAACCCAAGCCGCGCCGAAGAAGCCAUCCCAGCAACCGAUCCAAUCCACGUCGACGUCGGUGGAUCCCGCACCUAGCACGUCGAACCCAGAAUCCCAAGUUAGCUUGUCGGUCCAGUCGCACCGAAGCACAGUACUCCUGGAGACGGUUGCACUUGAAGUUCUUGGCCAGAACGGAAAGAAGUAUCCUGCUAGAGCCCUGCUCGAUUCGGCGUCCAUGUGCAACUUCAUCACGAAGAAGCUUGCGAACACCCUGAACCUCCGUCGAAAGAAGGUCGACAUCGAUGUAGCAGGUAUCGGAGAAUCCACGAAGCAGAUCAAGUGCCAGCUGACUGCAACCAUCCAAUCCAAGUACACUCCGUACGCUGCUAAGCUCGAGUUCCUUAUCCUGAAGAGACCGACGAUCAACCUGCCAACCAUCCCAGUCGACGUAUCCCAGUGGAAGUUACCUGAAGUUUCGUUGGCAGAUCCCAAGUUCAACGUUCCGUCCGAUAUUGACAUGGUUAUCGGCGGAGAAUCCUACCACGAGCUGCACACUGGCAGCAAGCAGACCCUCGACGAGGGCCUCCCGUUGAUGAUCGAGACAGUGUUUGGGUGGACCGUAUCCGGAAAAGUGUGUAUCCCAUCCCCAAGUAUCCCACGUGUUUGCCACCUCACCACUGUUGAUCGAAGCCUGGAACAAGCGCUCCAGAAGUUCUGGGAACUGGAAGCUGUCGAACCCUGUUCAGUGCUAACCACAGAAGAAACCCACUGUGAAGAAAUCUAUUCCGCUACCACCACGCGCGAUUCGUCGGGUCGUUAUAUCGUUCGCUUGCCACUCACCCGCGAUCCGCUCGUCACCCUCGGCGCAUCCAGAACAAUCGCCGAACGUCGUUUCCUGAGCCUGGAGAAGAGACUAGAGCGUGAUCCCACCACUCGUGAAGCGUACUGUAAGUUCAUGGACGAGUACGAACGCCUCAACCACAUGCACAAAGUCGACGAUCCCGUGGACGACAGCAUUCCGCACUGCUAUCUUCCACACCACCCGGUAUUCAAGGCCUCGAGUACCACAACCAAAGUCCGUGUAGUUUUCGACGCGUCGUGCAAGACGGCGUCGGGAUUCUCCGUGAACGACCUGCAACUGGUGGGACCAGUCGUUCAGGAAGAUUUGCUGUCGAUCGUCAUGCGUUUCCGGACCUACCCAAUCGCGCUAGUAGCAGACUGUGAGAAAAUGUACCGCCAAGUUUUGCUACAUCCGGAAGACCGUCCGUACCAACGCAUCCUCUGGCGUCCCACUCCAACCCAACCGCUUGCGACGUACGAGCUGAACACCGUAACGUACGGUUUCGCAUCCUCGCCAUUCUUGGCAACCCGCACCCUCCUCGAGAUAGCCAAAGACGAAGCCAAGAACUACCCAGAAGCAGUCGAAGCAGUGAAGCAGGAUUUCUAUGUGGAUGAUUUCCUGUCUGGCGCUGAUGACCUCCCAUCCGCAACCCGAAUCCGGAAGCAAGUAUCCGCCAUGCUGUUAGCAGCCGGUUUCCCGCUGAAGAAGUGGGCAUCCAACGUUCCAGAGGCGCUAGCUGAUGUUCCGGAAGAAGAUCUUGCCAUCGUUCCGCUCCGUGACCUGAAGGACGACCAAUCCGUGUCUGUGCUCGGACUUGUUUGGGAUCCAGUUUCCGACACACUCCGUUUCAAGGUGGAACUUCCGCUACCCGCAGCUGUACUCACGAAGCGGAUCGUGAUGUCGUACAUCGCCAAGAUUUUCGAUCCAGCUGGCUUCAGUGGUCCAGUUAUCGUAGUAUCCAAGCUGUACAUGCAGGGUCUGUGGACUUUGCGCACCAAGGAGAAGCACCGCUACGAAUGGGACCGCCCGCUCCCCUCGCAGCUGCAAGCUGAAUGGAAAGCGUACCACAGUACGCUUGAAGAGUUGUCGAAAGUCCGGAUUCCAAGAUGUGUGUACCUGCCAACCGCCAUGUCCGUCGAGCUGCACUUCUACUCUGAUGCGUCGGAGAAAGCCUACGGAGCCAACUGUUACGUGCGCUGUGAGACGGUCAAAGGUAUCCAAGUGAGACUGUUGGCGUCGAGAUCUAAGGUCGCUCCGCUGUCCAAGCUCCAAUCCAUCGCCGAUCUUGAGUUGUGUGGAGCUGAACUGUCCGUGAAGCUGUACAAGAAGGUGGUGAAAGCCAUCAAGAAGCCGGUAGAAGUGUUCUUCCAUACAGACUCGAUGAUCGUACUGCAGUGGUUGCAGUCCCCACCAGCCCGUUGGAAGACAUUUGUGGCGAACCGAGUAGCACGGAUCCAAGCCGAAACCGACGUGAGACGCUGGCGACAUGUUCCCGGAAUCUGUAACCCAGCCGACGUCCUCUCCCGUGGUCUGAGCCCCAUCGAGCUUGUCAACUGUUUGCUGUGGUGGUUUGGUCCGGAGCACCUGUCCAAGUCCCGUGAACACUGGCCACGCUCUGUGAUUCCCGAUGUCGAUCCUGGUACUCUACCUGGAGCAAGAAGCAAGGCCGCCGUGAUGCUGAUCACCGCUGCCGAUCCGAAGUUCUCCGAUGAGCUGUUCAGCCGUUUCUCCGAGUAUUUCCACCUACGUCGCGCUGUUGCUUACUGGAGAAGAUACUUCCGUAUCCUGAAAGCUGUAUCCAAGAAGGAGAAGCCAGAGCGUCCCGAAAUUCUCACUGCCGCCGAGCUGCGUGACGCUGAGAUCGCUCUGUGCCGUGUAGCCCAGCGAGACAUGUUUGCAGAAGAUGCUGCCGACCUGGUCUCCAAGGAACGAGUAUCACCGUCGUCGCCGCUGAAGUGGCUCAACCCGAUCCUGCACGGUGACGGACUCAUUCGAGUCGGCGGAAGACUCAGCAAUGCUGCAGUUCCCGAUGAAGUAAAGCACCCGAUCGUGCUGUUGGCGAAGCAUCCGCUUUCCAUCCUGUUGGCGAAAUCGUACCACGUUGAUUUGUUGCACGCUGGCCCCCAGCUGAUGCUCGCUACGAUUCGCCAGAAGUUCUGGAUCAUCGGUGGCCGGAAUCUGGUCCGCCAAACCUACCAUCUCUGCAAAGAAUGUUUCCAGAACAAGCCAACCCUAGUGAAGCAGAGCAUCGCCGAUUUGCCAACCUCACGUGUCACCCCAACCAGACCGUUUGCUGUGAGCGGUGUAGAUUAUUGUGGACCUUUCUACAUCAAGUCGCCCAUCCGAAACCGAGCUCCAACCAAAGCGUAUGUCGCUAUUUUCGUGUGUUUCGCUACACGUGCUGUGCACAUUGAGCUAGUGUCGGACCUAUCCACCCAAGCUUUUCUUUCCGCACUUCGUCGUUUUGUCGCACGCCGUGGAAGACCGAAGGAGAUCCACAGCGACAACGGAACAGCGUUCAAGGGCGCAUCCAACGAGCUCCGCAAGGUCUACAGCAUGCUGAAAACCGAUCAAGAAAGCCGGAAGUCGAUUCUCGAUUACAGCGCUGCAAACGAGAUAACUUGGCAUUUCAUCCCACCGCGUGCUCCACACUUUGGCGGACUGUGGGAAGCAGCCGUCAAGUCAGCGAAGCACCACCUGUUACGUGAGAUCGGCAACACCAACGUGAGUUACGAGGACAUGAGCACUCUACUAACCCAGAUCGAGAUGUGCUUGAACUCCCGACCCCUCGUGCCAAUCCCAAGCGAUCCCUCGGACCUAGAGGUCCUGACACCAGGCCACUUCCUGGUCGGCACGAACCUGCAAGCUGUUGAAGAACUUAACCUGGCCGAUGUUCCGGACAAUCGUUUGUCGCACUGGGAGCUGACACAGAAGCGUUUCCAGAGAAUCUGGUCGAGAUGGUAUCCUGAGUAUCUGCAACAGCUCCAGUCGCGCGCAGUCAAGGGCUGCAAGAAUCCCGUCACGAUCGUACCAGGACGAGUUGUGCUGAUCAAAGACGACAACCUGCCACCGACGCAGUGGCCGCUAGGCCGAAUCACCCACGUCCAUCCCGGCAAAGACGGCGUUGUACGCGUCGUAACCCUUAAAACAGCAUCGUCAGAAGCCGUCGUCAGGCCGGUCGCCAAGAUCGCACUCCUGCCAGUUCCGGCCGAGUCGGAGCAGCAGCUUAAUCCAGCUUGCAGUAAUUGAACCCGGUAGAGCACGCCAAAAUUUGCUCGAUGUCUUCGUGGGAAUCUCGCAGGUAAUUGCGGUUCCAAUCCCCUAUUUUGUGUCGUUCGAUCUACCGGGUCUUUUCCACUCCCAGAUGCCUAAGCCGAAGAAGAAGAAGUACGUCGUUUGACAUCGUUUUGCUGUUUGUCGACAUCCGCCGUGUAAGCCGUUCAUCCGACCCUGGUAGAGCACGCCGAAAUUUGCUCGAUGCCUUCGUGGGAAUCUCGCAGGUAAUUGCGGUUCCAAUCCCCUUAUUUGUCGUGUUCGAUCUACCGGGUCUUUUUCUCUCCAGAUGUCGAAGAAGAUGGUGCCCAGCGAGUCAACAAUCCAGUUCGUCGCAGUUUUUGACCCUGGUAGAGCACGCCGAAAUUGCUCGAUGCCUUCGUGGGAAUCUCGCAGAUGUUGACGAAAUUGGAUUUCUGGCACCACUUCUUCACCACCCCCAAACUGCAUUCGUGACUCCGCCUCACCACCCACUUCGAGCCGAGAAGUCACAUGGCCUGUCAGCGGACAUGCCAGAUGCAGCCGAAGAGUCACGUGCUGGCUCACCCGAAGUUUCCCGAUCGCCAGCCGAGCCGAGUCGAGUCCGAUCAAGGUCGGCGAAGGAGCGAUGGAGAAGCAUGGUUGUAUGAUUGUGAAGAGAGUGUUUUUGAUUUUUGAUUGAAGAGAGGAGUGAUUGAUUUUUUUGUGUUAGUUUUAGAAUUAGUCUUGUAUAUAUUGUAAAUAGUGUGUUGAAAUAGCCGAGCCAUUUCAAGGUGGCCGGAAUGUUUAAAUUGUUACUAACUGUUUACUAACCUAGAUUUAAAAACUAACAACUAAUUUAAAUGUAAAAAUAUUUGUAAUCUUGUGAACUAUCCUAACCUAACCAUCAUUGAAAUAGUCAUCGCGAGCAAUAGUACUAAUUUCUCUCGCGAUUCCACAACGGUCACUGCAGUAGAAUCGUGUAGAUGACGAAAAACGAAAACUGCUGAGCCUGUAGUGGUCAGCAGCAGAUAGGUUCAGAUCAAAGCAGCAAAACCCCUCAGAAUCAGAUCCCAAUAAACCACAGUCAGAGUAGUAUCUCGGUCGCGUCUUUUAUCCCCGACGAAUAAAGUUCUUUUUCUUGAUUGUGCACCCGAUUGACGAUUCUUGGCUAAUAUCCAUCCGAAAGUGCGCGAGUGAUCUGUCCUGUACGGUACAGGUGUUCUGGGCUGUGAAUCUGCUGUGUUGCUGGCAUUGGCUCACUUGAUUCCGCAAGUGGCCAAGCCGUGAAGAAUUGUGCUGGCCUGCUAAGAGCAGAAGUAGCUGGGAAAGGUGUUCUGGCGAGUGUUGAAAGUGUUGGCGAGUGUUGGGAGUUUUGGCGAGUGUUUUGGGUUUGUGCGUUCAGUUGGGCUUGAUUGCGCAAGCACCUGAAGCUGAUCGGAGUUCGGCAAAGUUUCUGCUGCCGUCUGUGCGUGUGUGCUCGGGGAACCUACCUCGACGUGCGUGGCUACCUGUGGAGCGUCUGAACCGGUCA